GGGGAAUAUGAGAGUAAACCCGAGACCAAAAUAUUGAACUCGUACAGAAGAGAGAUAAAAAAAAACCUGCGUCGUCGAAAUGUCAAUAAAGCAGCCGAAGCAGUCUGUUCUCAACCCGCAAGUCCCUUUAGCAGUAACCAUCCUGGGUGGACUUCAUCCAGGUGAGAUGGUUCUGAUCCAGGGCUCUGUUCCAGGUGAUGCAGACAGGUUUCAGGUGGACUUCAUGGUCGGCUCCAGUACCAAACCCAGAGCAGACGUUGCGUUCCACUUCAACCCACGCUUUAAGAAGAACCAGAUCGUCUGCAACACCCUGCAACAAGAGUACUGGGGUAGAGAAGAGAUCCACUAUCAGAUGCCGUUCAGAAAGGGGGCAGAAUUCGAGAUCAUCGUGCUGGUAGAGAAAGAUUUGUACAAGGUGGCAGUAAAUGGUUCUCAUGUGCUCGAGUACAAGCACAGAAUAGACCUGUCCAGGGUGGACACACUGGGUGUAUUUGGGAAGGUUCAUAUCCAGGCCAUCGGGUUCAUUCCUGUCACAAGUUCUACCAGUUCUUCUGUAACUGUGAAGGGGAUCAACACCCAACCACCAGCUAUGCUGGAGGACUCGUCUGAUUUGACUCUUCCUUUCAGGAGAAAGCUACUAAAGGGCUUGAGUCCAGGCCACACCAUCACAGUCAAGGGUCAGGUCCCUGUCUAUGCUCACAGCUUCUCUGUAAACCUGCACGUCAGCAACUCUGAGGACAUCGCGCUGCACCUAAACCCUCGGUUCAAGUCCGGCUUGUUUGUUUGUAACUCGUACCUGUCAGAGUGCUGGGGCCCAGAAGAGCACACCCUGCCCAGCUUUCCCUUCACCACAGGAGAGUACUUUGAGAUGAUAAUCCUGUGCGAGGCGCAGCAGUUUAAGGUGGCCGUGAACGGCGUUCAUCAGCUGACCUACAAGCACCGCGUACAGGACCUGAGCCGCGUGAACGAGCUGGAGAUCGUCGGGGACCUGCAGCUCCUGGACGUUAAGAUCUGGUAACCGACAUCCCAUCUGAACCCUGCAGCUUUCAGUAAAGACCUGGAGACCCAGCACAACCAAUCUCAGCCUGCAUUGUGUGUGUGUGUGUGUGUGUGCACAAAACCAACUAGUCUGGCUUUUACCCUUCUCAUGCGCUCCUACUGAUUUAAAGGACACGGUUUUGGCUAUACUGUAUGAUCAAUACCAGUGCUCUUUUCUUAUGUAACCUUUAGUACCUACUAAGCUUUGGCAAAUAAUAAGGGAGGAGAUCCAGUUUUGUCAGCGUGUGUGUGUAGAAUUUUGGUAAUGUGGGCCAAAAGUUUGCUGUGGGAGCAUUUUAAUUUCAUCCAAAUGUACACAAUUCUCCCUUUACAUAAAAAAAAGACCUGAUGGGUGUCGUCAUUAUACGGGGGUUGGGGUUCGUGAUAUUGCACUGGAGCUAAGAUCAAUGUAUCGUAUAAACCACCUGUUAAGUUGUUCAAUAUCUUUUAAAAGGUUCUGACACAGAAAGUAGAAAGAAGAAAAAAAAACAGGACAUUUUUUAUUUCUCAGUUUGUAGUUACAGCGAUACCUCAGCAUACGGACGCCUUAACAUGCGGAAUUUUCUGCCUUAAGAACUGAAAUAUUGCAAGAAAAUAGCCUCGGCAUGCGAAGCAUUUUCAGCAUAGAAGCGCUCGAUUUGUUUGCACGUUCAUCCGGCCAAAUGAAGUAAGUUUACAUAUAUAUAUAUUUUUUUGCAUUUUGGCAAGAUUUAGUGAAGUCACUUGUCCCAAGAGGAAUCAUAAAUUAAAGUUAAGUAAAGUUGUUUAUUUAUUUCAUACUUAAUUUUAUUUGCAAGUCUUUUUUUUUAUUGUUUUUAGAUGCAAAAAAUAUAAUUAUAGUGUUGGAAAUCUGUUAUAUUGGUAAUAUUUUUGGGUGGCUAGAACAGAUUAUCUGCAUUUACAUUAUUUCUUGUGGAAAAAUGUGUUUCUCAAUAUGAAAUUAAGAAUACGCCUCCGGAACGGAUUAAAUUUGUAUGCCGAGUUACCGCUGUAGAGACGCAGGAAAGUGCUGUGGCUUAAUGUUAUCAGGCACAUCUGUAGUUCUUAGAUGUUUAUAUAAUUCCGAUUUAAUUGAUAUGUUUAAUUAAUGAAUGAAUGAAUGAAUUCAGUAUUUUCAGUCGUACACAAUAUGAUGUGCUGGUGGUGACGAUCUGAACAUGCAGUUUGCACAGCGUUAUACUAGCGGCUAUAUGAUAAGCUGCCUUUAAUUAUCAGCCUCAUAGCUCUAGGAAGGAUUAUGUAAAUUUUUUUGUUCUUUCUUCUUUCAAUGUGUGUCCAUGAAUGGAUGGAUGGAUGGAUAGAUAGAUUUAGGGUCUAAUCAGUUUAUGAAAUACAUGUUUGAAAUGUUGUUUAUAACAUCGCCCAAGGAUAUAAUAUGGGAUAUUGAAUAUCAUGUCGGAAAAUCAAAACCAGAAUAGAACGAAAAUUCUAUUACAUGCAAUGUAAUAAAAGUAAACAAAUCAAAGGAGCGUUAAAGAAUCACACCGAGGCUGCCUCCGUUUUUUUUUCCAACAUCUUUUUUUUCCAUUUCAGUCAUUUAAACCAGGACCCUUCAGGCCGGAAUCGAAUAUAAAAUUAUCCUGCUUAUUGCAUUAAUAACAAAGCUUUAAGUUCAUUUGUUUGCAAGAGUUCGGGGUAAGUGACGAUAUUGAUUUGUUUUGAGAGAAUGGAAAACCUCACACAUCUCCUGCUCAAUGCUGGGCUAAAAAAUUAGCAGACGUCUUAGUUUAAUGUCCACCCAGAUGUUCAGACAGAUGUGUUUGGUGUCAAUGUGUCAGGAAGCCCACGAUAUACAAGGGUCAAAUUCAGUUCUAUGCAAGUCAUGAACAGCCUAUUUUUAUUUAAUUUUUAAAAAAAAAUCUCCAAUCAGAGAGCGUGAAAGGUGCUAGCGCUAGCGUUAGUUUGUUAACAGACCAAUUUGACACCAAGUGUCCUUGAAGUAUAAGUGGAAAAGACUUUGCACUGUGUUAUGUUUCCGUUCUAAUUUUAAUGUAAUGAUUAAUAAUGCAUGUGAAAAGACUUAACGACGUCCUUAAUGAACUACUUUUUUCUGUCUCUAAUCUGCUCACCACAAUGUCUGUCCAAGUUACACACGUGUAGUAUUUGUGUAACAAAUGAUAAAAAUGUAAUGAACAAAAUAAAUGUUGAAACGGGUUGUUUCUGUUUUCCUCUCUGAAA